AUGUUCCCGUACCCAAGUGGCACCCUCCACCUUGGCCACCUUCGAGUCUAUACCAUUGCCGAUGUGGUUGCUCGAUAUCACACCCUCAAGGGUGACAAAGUUAUGUUGCCAAUGGGCUGGGAUGCCUUUGGUUUGCCCGCAGAGAAUGCUGCCCUCGAGAGAGGCGCUCCACCUGGAGACUGGACCAAAACCAACAUUGCGAAAAUGAAGAGUCAGUUGGAUGUAAUGAAUGGAAGCUGGGACUGGUCGCGCGAAUUGGCCACGUGCGACCCUGAAUUCUAUAAACAUACGCAAAAGCUAUUUUUGAUGCUCUACGAGGCUGGUCUAGCAUAUCAGGCCGAAGCCGAAGUCAACUAUGACCCGAUAGACAAGACAGUAUUGGCUAAUGAACAGGUAGAUGCAAACGGCUUCUCGUGGAGGUCAGGCGCCAAGGUUGAAAAGAAGAAAUUGAAGCAAUGGUUCUUUCGCAUAUCCGAGUAUAGCGAACAUCUCCUGAAGGAUCUCGACAGCUUGGCCAAAGACGGUGCGUGGCCCGAGCAUGUUAUUUCUCAGCAGAAAAAUUGGCUAGGAAAGUCGACCGGUGCUUUGGUCAAAUUCCCCAUCAUGGCCGUCGGUCAUGAGGUUGGUGCCGCCAUCGAAGUGUUUACUACUCGACCUGAUACCUUGUUCGGAGUUCAGUAUAUUGCUCUCGCUUCUGAUCAUCCUGUAGUGGCUCAGCUAGCAAAGAAAGAUCCGGAGCUGCAAGCGUUUCUCGACACCCUUCCUGGCCUGCCUCUAGAUUCUAAAGUUGGGUAUUUGCUACCACACAUCCGCGGUAUCAACCCUUUAGCUUAUCAUGACGAUACCCCCGAAGCUACCAAGGAAUCGCUGCCCAUCUAUGUAGCCUCAUAUGUAUUGGGUGACUACGGCGAAGGGGCUGUUAUGGGAGUUCCUGGCCAUGAUACACGGGAUCAUGCUUUCUGGCGAAAGCACAACGUCGAGCAGCCCGUGCGAAUUGUGCUGGCCGCGUCUGAGGAUGAGUCAACAACGACCUUUGACAAUGAACCCGAGCCAUUUGUCCACCACGGCUAUAUGACGGAGCAUAGUGGAAUCUUCAAGGGCAAGCACUCCAAAGAAGCAGGCGAGAUGAUGAUUCGCAUGCUCGAGGCAGCGGGCCUUGCCACUCCUACCACGAAAUGGCGGUUAAGAGACUGGCUCAUCAGCCGCCAGCGGUACUGGGGCGCUCCCAUACCCAUCGUUCACUGCGAUUCCUGCGGCUCUGUGCCUGUGCCAGACGAGCAGCUGCCUGUCCUGCUACCCGAGGUAGAUAACCAUUGGGCACAAGGUAAGGCAGGCAAUCCUCUGGAAUCGUCUUCCGAUUUCGUCAAGACCGAGUGUCCCAAAUGUAACGGCCCAGCCCGGAGAGAUACCGAUACUAUGGAUACGUUUGUCGACUCAAGCUGGUAUUACGCUCGCUUUGCUGAUCCCAACAACCCAAAUGAGCUCUUCUCUACCGAAGCUGCCAAAUCGCUUCCGGUGGAUAUUUACAUUGGAGGCGUUGAACAUGCCAUUCUACAUCUCUUGUAUGCACGGUUCAUUUACAAAUUCCUAGCCACCACUCCACUUCUUCCCCAAUAUUCCGAAUCGGAAGCCAUGUCUGCCGAGCCAUUCAAGCGCCUCAUCACCCAAGGCAUGGUCCACGGCAAGACAUAUAUCGACCCCGAGAACGGCAAAUUCCUCAAGCCAAACGAGGUAGACCUGUCAGAUCCUUUGGAGCCCCGAGUCGUAGCCACGGGUGCUCCUGCGACGAUAGCUUUUGAGAAGAUGUCCAAGUCAAAAUAUAAUGGAGUAGACCCCACCGAGUUUACAUCCAAGUACGGCGUCGACCCUACCCGAGCUCAUAUGCUCUUCCAAGCUCCUGUCGCAGAUGUCCUUAACUGGGACGAAUCCAAGAUUUCCGGGGUUACGCGAUGGCUGCAGAAGCUCCACGAUCAGGUUGUAGCGCUGGCGAAAUCGCCUGAGGAAUCGCUGCCGGCAAAGGAAUAUUUCGCCGCACGACCCCCUCUGAGUGUUAGCAAAUCGAACAAGCUAACUGUGGCAGAGAAAGAGGAAGUGUUGAAACGCGAUUCCGAGUCGGCUCUUUGGCGCGAGACGCAGAAGAAGAUUGAAUCUAUCACGCGGAGCUAUGAAAAGAUAUACUCACUCAAUGUGGUCGUGUCAGAUUUGAUGACUCUCACAAACGAGUUGGUUCAGUACAAGACAGCAGAUGAAGGCAUCCGGCGACAGACGGCCGACACCAUCAUCCGCCUCAUGGCACCCAUCACGCCCGCCUUUGCAGAGGAGUGCUGGAGUCUCCUGCACCCAUCCAAGGGCUCCAUCUUCGAGUCCACCAGCUUCCCCGUGCCAGACGGCAGUCUAGCGAUGCUCAAGGCGGAGUAUAUCAACUGCGCCGUGCAAGUGAACGGCAAGCUUCGCGGCACGGUGACCAUCCCGCGUCCAUCAAGCGACUUGAAAGGCGAUGCUCUACGUGACUGGAUAGUGGAUGCGAUUUUGGAGACGGAAGAUGGAAAGAGUCGGUUUGGUGAAGGCGGAUAUAACGUGCGGUCAGCUAGGAGGACGAUCCCGGUGGACGGGGGAAAAGUUAUCAACUUUGUAAUAUAG